AUGUUCGAGAAAAAGUUUAACAUUGAAGUACAAACUUUACAGCCUUUACGUGAGUUUCUUGCACAACUGAAAGAAGAAGGUAGUCAGCCACAACUUAUAGACUUUCAUUAUGAAUUUAAUGAAAAUGAAGAUGGAACACAUGACUGUCAGUUUGUUGUAUUCUCACCAUUCAAUGAAGUCGCUAAAGAGAAAGAAAAUCCAUUACGUAUAAGAUUUCAAAUCUCUGAACCAAGUGAUGAUUUCAAGAAUGUUUUCAAUUAUGAUGCAAUGCUUCCGAGGAAAAAUGAAUUUUCAAAGAUUGUAACACCUGGCAUUUGGGAUAGAAAGCAAGCUAUUCUUUUCUCUAAUAUAGCCAAAGGCGUUGAAAAUGAGUUCAUUGGUCAUACAAGAACUUCACCACUUCCUAACCCUAAAUACUAUAAAUUAACUGGCUUCAAUCGUGAGUUUUGGAUAGACAUGUUCUCCACUCAUGACCAUAACUGCCCAGUGUUCUUACCUCCAGACCAUAAGGACUGUCUCUACAUUGAAGCACAACUCUUAAACUCUACCAUCGCAGUAUUGUAA